CUCACGCGCGAGCAGCUGGCGAUGGUGCCGGUCCUCGCGUCGCGCCAGGCGAUGCGCCACCCGCUCUCCCUCACCGAGGCGCCGCCUCAGCCUCGGCCCGAUGGCGCGAGUGCCCCCCUCAGCCUCGACGAGGUGCUCGCCUCGCGCCCGGUCGCCCCCGCGACCAACCUGCUCGAGUGCGCACGCCGCGCGGACGGCGGCGCCGCCUUCAUCGUCGCCGACUCCAACUUUAUCGACGCGACGCUCGGCCACGACGCGCGGCCGCAGUCUGGCUGCGCACGCCGCAUCCGGGACACGUCCACGACACGCUGCGCGUGCUACUACCAGGCGAGCGGGCCGCUCUACCCGCCGCCGCGCAUCAGCGACGAGGUCUUCUCUUGCGAGCACGCCGCCGGCUCCGCCUACUCCGAGGCGCAGCUCUUGCCGAGCGACAUCGACUGGUUCGGCCUGUACGAUUGCUUCCCGAUCUGCUACGUGCGUGCGCUCGAGGCGGUCGGCCUUGCGCGCAAGGGGGAGGGCGGCCGCUGGGUCGAGCGCGCGCACGCGGCGACGCAGGCGGAGGGGUACGAGCCGUCGGUUCUGCCUGUCAACACGCACGGAGGCUUGCUUGGCUUUGGCGCGCCGUGGGAGGUGCCCGCCAUGUACAACGCGUGCGACCAGCUGCUGGGCACCGCCGGCCAGAGGCAGGUGGGGGACGUGCGGCGGGCGCUCGUGUACGGGAAUGGCGGUAUCUUUUCGCACUCGGCGGUGGCGAUUCUAGCGCAGCCGGUGGAUUGA